CCCUUCAUUUUAACAGUGAUUGGGAAGGACCCGCGCCACGCGCCAUAGUCGCAUUUAAAUGAAAAAUGGCGCAUUUAAUUAAUUAUCCUAUGCGCCGAAGUGCGCAUUCAAAUUUUUCAUCGGUAACAUGAGUUAUAGCGAUGUCUGCUCGAAACAUACUUUGUAUGACUUACCUAAUUGUCGUAUUUUCACUCGUUUUAAAACAUCAAAUCUCAUUGGUUAAAAUCGAAAUAAACAACCAAUACAAUGUCUCCUCUCAUUUAUGCGUGAUCUUAAUCUUAAACAAGGUCAGUCGCAACGUUGGUGGACCAUGCCCCCAAAGAAAAAGUUAAAAAUAGAAUUAGAUCCGAAACAGCCACAGCUUAGUUUCUACGCAUGUCAUAGAGAAGACAAAGUGGAACAGACACAACAUGAAACAGAAAGUAGUAAAGAAAAAAAAGAUACGAAAGAAGAAAGACAUUUUCAAGAAAGGUGGCUCAGAAUUUGGUCGUGGUUAGAAUAUAGAGACAAUAAGAUGUUUUGUUCUAUGUGCAUAAAGUAUAAAAAAGCGAAUGCGUUCACGAGUGGAUGUCAAACUUUAAAAACGUCUUCUAUGUAUAGACAUGAAGCAUCUGACGAUCACAAGAACUGCUCCCAAGAACAGUCAUUAAAACAAAAUAUGGCGCAUGCCAUUAAAAAAAGCUACGAGGCACAGGAUAAUGCAAUUAUUAAAGCAUUGAAAGUUGUUUAUUGGCUUGCUUCUGAAAAUAUACCAUUAUCAAAGUAUGAGAGUUUUCUAACGAUAUGUAAACAGUUGGACAUACCUGGUAUGGAGCCUUUGUCUAUAGGAGGUUCAAACAGAGUAAAUUACUGUUCUUACUACGCAGCAAAUGAAUUGUUAAAUGCCCUGUGCACAACAAUUGAUGAAGACAUUAAUUCGCUCAUUGCCAAGUCCCCAUACAUUUCAGUCUUAUGUGAUGAGAGUACAGAUAUAUCAAACACAGCUCGAAUGACUAUUAACUUUCGUCUGAUUAAUCCAGAAACUGAAGCAGUCAAGAGUGUUUUCAUUAAUGACAUUGAAUAUGAAGAUGGUACUGGUGAAGGACUGUGUGGAGAAAUCAUUAAAGUGCUUGAAUCAAGAAACAUUAACACAGGGAAAGUAGUAGGUUUGGGUACAGAUGGAGCCUCUGUGAUGACAGGAAAGGACAAAGGAGUAUAUGGUAGACUCAAGGCAUUAAACCCACAUUUAAUUAACAUCCACUGCUUGGCCCACAGACUAGCAUUAUGCACAUCUCAAGCAGCAACCCUUAAAUCAUUGAAAAAUUACCAAGAAUGGAUGUGCAGCCUAUUUUAUUACUUCAAGAGAUCUGCCCAAAGAGAAAAACAAGAGGCCCAUGGGCCACAUCGCUCACCUGAGGAACAAUAGGUAUAAUAAAAUCAGCUUAAUGGAGUCAUAAUACAAACUACCUGGACAAUGUACAAUAAUACAUGUUGAUCCUGUAUAAAUAAAAUCCAUUUUCCUCUGGAUAUUCUUAUGUUUAUAAUCAUUAGUCCCUUUUCUAACAGGACGAUUUUAUAGUCAUAUCAUAUGUUGAGUAUUGCAGUUCUCAAAAAGAUCCUUAACAAUUGUUUAUAUAUGGGAUAUAAACGUACAUAAACUCUGAACCUUCUUGUGAGGCCAAAGAAUUGUCCUGGGGCCAAAGUUUUAACAAUUAUAAAGAAUCAUCUGGCUGAUUAGUUUCUGAGAAGAAGAUUUUUAAAGAUUUACCAUAUAUAUUCCUUUGUUAAACUUUGAACCCCCAUUGUGGCCCCACCCUACCCCUGGGGAUCACGAUUUUCACAACUUUUAAUUUACACUACCUGAGGACGCUUCCACACAAGUUUAAGCUUUCCUAGCUGAUUAGCUUCUGAGAAGAAGAUUUUUAAAGAUUUACCAUAUAUAUUCCUAUGUAAAACUUUGACCUUCCAUUGUGGCCCCACCCUACCCCCGGGGGUCAUGAUUUUCACAACUAUGAAUCUACACUACCUGAUGAUGCUUCCACACAAGUGUCAGCUUUCCUGGCUGAUUAGUUUCUGAAAAGAAGAUUUUUAAAGAUUUACUCUAUAUAUUCCUAUGUAAAACUUCGAUCCCCCAUUGUGGCCCCACCCUACCCCCGGGGGUCAUGAUUUUCACAACUUUGAAUCUACACUACCCGAGGAUGCUUCCACACAAGUGUCAGCUUUCCUGGCUGAUUAGUUUCUGAGAAGAAGAUUUUUAAAGAUUUACUCUGUAUAUUCCUAUGUAAUAAAACUUCGACACCUCAUUGUGGCCCCACCCUACCCCUGGGGAUCAUGAUUUUCACAACUAUGAAUUAACACUACCUGAGGAUGCUUCCACACAAGUUUCAGCUUUCCUGGCUGAUUAGUUUCUGAAAGGAAGAUUUUUAAAGAUUUACUUUAUAUAUUCCUAUGUUAAACUUCGACACCCCAUUGUGGCCCAACCCUACCCCCGGGGGUCAUGAUUUUCACAACUGUGAAUUUACACUACCUGAGGAUGCUUCCACACAAGUUUCAGCUUUCCUGGUCUUAUGGUUCAUGAGAAGAAGAUUUUUAAAG